ACUAACAGUCAACCUUACAAUAUGCAUACUUUCAUCUGUGCCGAUCGAAUUGCUAUUUUAGACCAAACAUUUACAUCGUCCUGUGGCUGUGUUUAUUGCCGUUGUGAACCGCUGUUUGCAAGUCAAGUCUGGGUGAAGUCGGUUCCCUACCUCUGCUUCUAUGGCUUUCUCCCAUGUUGUUAGCGCAUUCGACAGUCUCAAGGAUCAAGCAAAGGAUGCUAUCUGGGCCCUCUCUUCAUGCCUUUGCCAGCAAUCAGCUAAAGUAAAAAUCAAUGGGCGAACGUUCAACAUUAUAAAGGUCCUCGGCGAAGGUGGAUUCUCGUUUGUAUAUCUGGCACAAGACGAGACGAGUGGGCGGCAAUUCGCACUCAAAAAAAUAAGAUGUCCAACUGGGUCGGAGGGCGUGAAGGAGGCUAUGAGGGAGGUAGAGGCUUACAGACGUUUCAAACAUCGAAAUAUUAUUCGGAUACUUGAUUCCGCGGUUGUCCAAGAUCCCGAAGGUGAAGGCAAGAUUGUGUACCUCUUCCUCCCGUUGUAUAAGCGCGGGAACCUUCAAGAUGCUAUCAACUUGAACGUCGUGAAUGGGAAGCACUUCCCUGAGCAAGAUAUGAUUCGACUGUUCAAAGGCACAUGCGAAGCCCUGCGCGCAAUGCAUGAUUACCGCACAACUACCGGUUCCUCUUCUGCUCAGCCUCAACCGUCCUCAUCACGCGUGGAGGAACACCACUCCGAUGGAGAGGACGAGCUUUUCCCGCAGCCGGAGGGCGACAACGAGGGCGGCUACUCCUACGACAAGUCUGUGAACAUGCCGCUGAUGACAAAGCACCGUGUCGAGGGGGAAGGGGAUGUAAUAUUUGAUGGUGACGAGGAAGUGUCGGCAAUUCAGACUGCUCAAAAUGGGAGUGUGCAACAGGGAAACAGCGAACACAUUCCAUAUGCUCACCGGGAUUUGAAACCUGGGAACAUCAUGAUCGCUGACGACGGCGUCACGCCCAUACUGAUGGACUUUGGGAGUACUGUGAAAGCAAGAAUACGGAUAGACAAUCGAUCACAGGCUCUGCUACAGCAGGAUAUUGCCGCGGAACAAAGUACGAUGGCGUACCGCGCUCCGGAACUUUUCGAUGUGAAGACAGGCAUCAGUCUUGACGAGAAAGUUGACAUAUGGUCACUCGGAUGCACGCUGUUUGCUCUGGCAUAUUCCCACUCGCCUUUUGAAAAUAUCCAGACGACGGAGCAAGGUGGCUCGAUCGCAAUGGCCGUCCUGAACGCCCAGUAUAAGCACCCCAGCUCGGCAUAUUCACAAGGGCUGAAGGACUUGAUCGAUAGUAUGCUCAAAGUUAACCCUAAAGACAGACCGAAUAUUCACCAGGUUAUUACAAUGACUGACAGGGUUCUACAGUCGCUGUUGUAAAGCACUACAGUAUACCUUCAUGACUGGGACUUGUGCCUUUGCUCCUUUACUUAUUUAUCUCGC